CCUGGCCAAACACAAUGGUUGCCUCGGACGAUAUGGGGUCCGGUUGUUGGUUGCAAUACGCCCAAACUCGUCUAGCACUUCGCUUCCACAAUCCAGACCAGGAAACGCUCGCUCGGCGCUUGACUGGGAUUCGUUUUCUUUAUCUCGGGCCUCAUUAGUCCUUGCAACUUCGUUAUCACCCGGCUAUCAGCGAUCGUUGCCUUGCCCAGACCAUGAGGGGUUAGCUACGUACCAUGUGAUGAGCUAUAAGAUGGAAGCUGUCGCCUCGAUGCCGUCAAGAGAGAUCAUCCUCGAUCUUCUCGAAAGCUUGUGGGCAUCACAAGCCUUUUCCAAGGAUUGUCAAGCCUCGGUCGCCGCCCCGCAUUCUGUAUGCGAUAAGUGGGACAAACCUGUUACAUACAUACCCAGCGUCCGAUAACAGUCAACAGCGACCGACCCCUCUCAUCAUGGCCGACACCGAGGCUACGGGCACUGCGGCUCGCAGCAUGUCCAGAGAUGAGGGUAGAUUGCGAGAAUUGGGAUACAAGCAGGAAUUGAAGCGUGAUUGGUCACUCAUUCACAAUUUUGGCGUCUCUUUCAGCAUUAUCUCGGUCAUUACGGGUAUCACUACGCUUUUUCAGUAUGGUCUGACCACGGGAGGUCCAGCUGUCAUGGCAUCAGGAUGGCUCGUCGUCAGCUUCUUCACCAUGUUUGUCGGUCUCGGAAUGGCAGAGAUUGUUAGUGCUAUUCCGUCGGCUGGAGGUCCAUAUUUCUGGGCAGCAAUUCUGGCCCCCAAAAAAUGGGCUCCUUUCGCCUCCUGGGUGACUGGCUGGUUCAAUCUUUUGGGACAGGUCGCAGUGACAACGGGCAUUACAUUUGGUGGUGCUGGGCUGAUCUCGACACUUGCAACAAUCCAUGGCUACGAACCAUCCGCGGGCAAGACGUUGGGCAUAUACGCCGCUCUUCUCUGCUCUCACGGCCUCGUAAACUCCUUCGGCGUGCAUAUCCUGCGUUACCUGAACAAUACUUCAAUCACCUUACAUUCCCUCGGCAUCUUCUCCUUUGCCGUUGCUGUUGUCGCCAAAGCUCCUCAUCAUCAAUCCGCGUCUUUCGUCUUUCAAAAGUUUUAUGAUGGUACGGGUGACCCAGGCUGGUCGGUGAGAGCUUCGCCAGCAUAUGUUGCUUGUAUCGGCAUCUUGAUGUCACAAUACACCAUCACUGGUUUCGAUGCGAGUGCUCAUCUCUCAGAAGAGACUCAAAAUGCGUCUUGGUCAGCUCCAUUGGGCGUGCUAAUGAGUAUCGGCUGCUCUGCACUUUUCGGAUGGUUUCUCAUCCUCUGUCUCCUCUUCAGCAUUCAGGACUUCGAUCAAACCAUUGGGUCGGAAUAUGGUCAGCCGGUGCUUCAGAUUCUAGUUGAUGUUUUUGGGGAAACAGGGGCAAUCGUUCUCUUUACCCUCGUCAUUAUCUGUGUCUGGCACUGCGGGUUGUUCAGUCUUACUUCAAAUUCGCGAAUGAUGUUCAGUUUCGCUCGAGACGGUGGUAUCCCACAUUUCUUCCACAACGUCGAUGCCCGCUUCAGGAGCCCCAUCCGCACGAUUUGGCUCGCUGCGUUCCUCGCAUUUCUACUCGCCAUUCCCAGUGUCGGCUCCUCGGUGGCAUUUUCAGCUGCCACUUCGAUCGCCACCAUCGGGCUAUACCUUUCUUAUGGCCUUCCGAUUCUGAUCGGCAUGAUCAACCCUCAAGGCUUCAUUCAUGGACCUUUCAACUUGAAAUGGUUCUCGCGGCCUGUUGCCAUGAUUGCUUGUGGCUGGAUCAGCUUCAUCACCGUUAUUUUUUGCCUUCCUGAGCUCAACCCGGUGGAUAGUCAGACUCUCAACUAUACGCCUGUGGCGGUUGGCAUUAUUGGUGUCUGGUGCCUUGCGAGUUGGUUCCUUUGGGCACACAAAUGGUUCAAAGGUCCAAUUCGCCAGAUCGAAGCAGAAGUCGCUGGCGUUAAUGUUGAAGAUCCGGCUGCGAUGGAACAGGCCGAGCGAGAAGGCAGGAUUCCGCAGAUCGAAGCAUUAGAAAGCAGCAAGGAAGCGAGUAUGCUCGCUGCUAUGAAGCAAACCUACAACUGAGAGAUAGUCAGGUGUUUGGGUACUUCACCAACCAGAGCACAACAGUAUUGCCUCCAAGUAGAUCGCUUGGUAUCGAACUUUUCCCAGGGCAGUUCAUUGGCGAAAGUGGUUCAUUCUCUGGCAUAGGUAGACACGUGGCUUCCUAUAUCUAUGAUUCUGUAGCCCUGGUACACCAACAUUUGUCAAG